AUGUGGGGCAUUGCGUUGCUCCUCUGCCUCGUAACAGGAACUCGUCAAUUGUCCAUAACAGAAUUCUCAGUACCAAAUGUAAUAGAAGUAGGCGAGGACGUCCGAUUGAAAUGUAGAUAUAAAUUGGCCCCUACAGAGAAUGAUAAGGCGUUGUUUGUGAAAUGGUGGUUUACACCAAAAAAUGGUUCAAGUGACCAACGUAGCCAAAUGUACCAGAGGAUUGCUGGCCACGAAGCCGCUGCCAUACAUCAUGAUAUCAAACUAGAUGAAAAUGACGAUAUUUUACUAUUGAAUGUAACUCCGGCUGAUUCGGGCGAAUAUGAAUGUGAAGUUUCAAAUAUAGACGAAGUUAGAAGACAUAGUAGUCUUCUUGUUUAUACUAAGGGCAGUGGUCCGUCUCUGAACAUAACUUUAAUAGAAGACGGAUCAGAUGAUGAUGAAGAAGAGGAUGCUCUCAUAACUUGCAGCGCUAGUGAUGUUUCUCCUUAUCCCUACAUGUAUAUUACCGUAGAUGGGGAGUAUCUGGAUUCAGAAGAAUUGCUGUCCGGGCCUGAAGAGAAUCUAUAUGAUAUAACAAGUUCAGCGAACGUCAGUAAAAGCAAAAUAGAGGGCGUUGAAGUCUCCUGUCAAAUGUUCUACAGAGAAAUGAACAGCACUGAACAUCCACAUUAUUCCGAAACCAUUACGUACCACAGCGACGAAUCAGGUGACGCCGGUUUUGCCUUGGCGUCGUGUGCUCUUCUAGUCAUCGCUACACUCUUUAUCAGCCUAUCUUUAAAUUAA